AUGUUGUUGAUUUGGUAUCUAUCAACCAUUGUUUUGAUCUCAAUAUCAGUCAACUCGUUAGCUUCAGCAGUUGAUAAGAAGUAUGGAAUGAUAGGAGAGCCAGACAAUCCCAUUGAGAUAACAGAAGACAGAGAAAAUCCAGAUAAAUUGUAUAAUAAGAAAAAUGAAGAAAUUAAUGAUAUAGCCUUAUGGCCAGCCAGACGGGGUCAUGCACGUUAUUUAUCUUAUAUUUGUGACGAAUUUGUAGGCCUCAUUGGCAAUCAAGAUGAAAAACCUAUCACUAUAGUUGAAGCAACAUCACUACUUAAAAAAAUGAAUAAAUACGAAACCGCUCUUGUGACUUAUUUGGAAUUGCAAAGAAUAAAUUCUACCAACAGUUUUAUUGAGAAUUUCAGAAAUGAUUAUGAAAAAGUUAUGACAGAAGCAACCGAUUUAUCAGGAUUACAAUCUUUUAGUGAGGAAGAUGAAGUAACUUUUAACAGAAGAAAAAGAAAUGCAUUUUUUGAUGAAAAUAAAGAAGAGUAUAAAUUUACAACUAGAGAUAAUUUUAAAAUCAAUACAUUUUAUGUCAUAUGCGAUAGUAUUAAAAUACAAUUGCUACAAAGAGUUCAAAAAUAUGAGGAAAAUGAGGACGCCAUUAAGAAUAAGCCAGAUAAUUCAAGUAAUAACAAAGAUUUAUCAUUUGAAUGA